UUUAAAUAUUAACUGCCAUGUAGUGCCUAACAAAUGCCAGUGACUGCUUUCAUACUUAAGAGCUUGAGCUUUGAAAGUCUGGCACAGUACACAAGUGCUUUUGGGUUCAGUUAUAGUAGUUUUUUAGCUUGAGUAGGCAAUGAAAGCAAGGAGAGGAAAACGCUCUGAGGCCUUUUGGCCCUCCAUUAUGAUGAAGAAAUGGUUAAAUAUAAAGCCAAAAGUAAAUGAUUUUAGUGAAGAUGAAGUGGACACUGAAACUGAGAGUGAAGAUGAUGCUUGCUCUCUUAAGGAUUCAAGAAUGGGAGUGCGUGAAGAUAAUCCACUUAGAACACAAUCCAUAUUCCCAUGUCAAACAUCAGAUGCAUCGCGUAAUACCAAGGGAUACAAGAUGAGACACAGAAGAGGGAAAUCAGAAACUUUGCGUGUUCAGUACAUAAAUACCAAGGAAGUGAGGGUAACAAUUGGAACUUGGAAUGUUGCUGGAAGACUUCCAUUGAAGGAUCUUGAAAUCGAGGACUGGCUUUGUACCAAAGUGCCAGCAGAUAUUUACAUUAUUGGUUUCCAAGAGGUAGUUCCAUUGAAUGCUGGAAAUGUACUGGGAGCAGAGGAUAACACACCCAUCGCAAAAUGGGAGGCAGUGAUACGAAGAACUCUAAACAAAACUUCUGAACCUGCAAGUAAACACAAAAGUUAUAGUGCUCCCCCUUCUCCUGUCUUAAGAACUUCUGCUUCUGAUGAUGUCCUAGCAGACAGUGUAGAUGUUAAUCCACUUGAUAUGAUGAAUGAGGACUAUUUAGGAACCUUUGACAACAACGAGCUAGAACAGGAGGAAGUGAAAAGCAUAAUUGGUAUAGGAAAGAAUAUAAGGUUGAGGAGAAUAUAUGGCAUUGAUCUUCAUACUACACUUGACUGGCCUGAACGUCCAUUAGAUGCAAUCCCUCAUGUUGAUUCCAAUCCAAAGUUGCGUAGAGUACUUAGCAGUUCAUCCUUUAACUGGACGGAUAAUACUUUAAUAUACAGCAAUGGAUUGAAACGUUCACACCAUAGUUCUGGAAAUUUGGGUUUGUUCUGGAAAGAGCAACAAGUGAUGCCUGAGGUAAUUGAUGAUUCACUUGCUGAAUUAUCUGACAUGUUGUCUGAUGAGGAAGAUGAUAAUUUUUUUGAAUUACCAAAUAACAAAGAUGAUAAUGGAAUAGGAACCAUGAAAUCACAUCAUAAGUAUGUUCGGAUUGUCAGCAAGCAGAUGGUAGGAAUAUAUGUGUCUGUUUGGGUGCAAAGGAGGUUGAGAAGGCACAUUAACAAUUUGAAAGUUUCUCCUGUUGGAGUUGGUCUCAUGGGCUACAUGGGAAACAAGGGUUCUGUUUCAGUUAGUAUGUCUCUCUAUCAGUCACGUCUGUGCUUUGUUUGUUCCCAUCUGACUUCUGGACAUAAGGAUGGGGCGGAACAGAGAAGAAACUCAGAUGUUCAUGAAAUUCUAAGACGCACUUGUUUCUCGUCUGUCUUUGAUGCAGAUCAACCACAAACAAUCCCAUCUCACGAUCAGAUUUUCUGGUUUGGGGAUUUGAAUUAUCGUAUCAACAUGUUGGAUGUGGAAGUUCGAAGGCUGGUAGCUCUAAAGAAGUGGGAUGAACUGAUGAAUCAUGAUCAGCUAAGCAAUGAAUUACGUUGUGGGCAUGUAUUUGAUGGGUGGAAAGAGGGGUUGAUAAACUUCCCACCUACUUACAAGUAUGAAUUUAAUUCUGAUAAAUAUGUCGGUGAGAACCCAAAAGAAGGGGAAAAGAAGAGAACUCCAGCCUGGUGUGAUCGUAUAUUGUGGCUAGGAAAAGGGAUAAAGCAACUUCAAUAUAGCAGUGCAGAAAAUAAGCUUUCAGAUCAUCGACCAGUUAGUUCAAUCUUCUCGGUUGAUGUUGAAGUAUUUGACCACCGCAAGCUACAACGAGCUCUAAUUUUCACAAAUGCAGCAAUACACCCGGAGGUUUUCCUUAAAGAGGAUGAGGACCUGUUAUCAUAAUAGAUAUCCACCAAAGAUUGGUAUCUGCAAAUGUAUCAAUUACUGGGUGUUAAAAUCUUCACUUGGAUGUCAGGUUGAUAAUGAGAGACAACUGGUAAUCUGUUUAUAAACUGAGCUUCAAGACCUCAAGAUUACACUACACGAAGCCUACAUUUUGAGAGUCAUUCAUUUGGCGAAUCUGAAUCAGUUACAUGGAAGAGAUAGUUAUAACAGGCAGAUGUAUAUAGGAAAACAAUAGGAUAUAUUGUGUGGGACUCUCUUUUUUUGCUGUGUUUAAUAUUUGGUAAACAACGAUUUUCCAAUUUUGGUCUUCUAAGUUGCGCGUCCAAUUAGUUUUUAUUUUCUCUUUUGACUAAUAAACAUUUUUAGUCUAGAAACAUUCCAUGUCCAAAUAGUUUUUGUUUUAUCUUUUGACUAAUAAACAUUUUUACCCUAGAAACAUUCCAUGUCUGACUCAAAUGCAAUAUAUCAGUUAGAGAGGCAGGAGACACAGAAUUUGAAUCUUUCCAUGUCUGGCUUGGUUUCUGCCUGUUUGUCACUCUUUGUUCUGUAUUCGUCCAGUUCUAGACUUUAGGCAACUCCCCAUUCUUCGUCAUUUACUUCAACGGAGCUUGACACUCUUAAUGAUUGAGUUCUCUAUUUUGUAGAUUUUUUCUUUGUCGUGUAUUUUCUGACCGGGUAAUGGGAAUUCUUAAUUUUCACCUCUAUCAAAAGAACAUAAUGACCAUGACCCUAGGUCUAUGCAUUGACAAUUUCAUCACUAUUACAUUGUUGAAAAACAGGGCCUUGGUCCUUCUGGACAGCAUUGAGGGCAUCACAAGUGAAAAGUAGCUGCAUUAAAAUUUUAAACAUCAAAGAGUAGGGCAGCAAUAAUUCCCUUUCAUGAUAAGGAGCUGCGUUUAUCUAAUCCUAAGGGGCCAAAUGAAUGUUGUUAAUAAAUCUUUUGAAACAUGGAAGAAGGGCUCAGUUCAUCUCUCUAUUCCAAAUUCUUUUUUGAGGAACUGAAUCAUCAACCCCAAAAGAAACCAUUCAAUGCAAUGCAAUGCAGAGAAGCAUAACAAAACAAAAGGUACUAAUUAUUCCCAAUGAAAAUUGGCAAAAGUUUUGGGCAUCAGUUCUCCAAGGUGAUAUAGCAUCAAAGUAAUUAAUUCAGACGCAAAUUACCCAUUUGUAUAAUGAGAUUCAUCACAUGCCCAAUCACGAUUUUGAUUUCAAUUUUCAAACCGUGAAAAAAAUAAUGUUAAAAACUUUCAAUCAAGUGUAUUAAUAGACUCCAUUCCAUUGGUGACCAAAAAAUUAAAAGGGAUCCAAAACAACAUUUACAAAAAAGAAAAAAGAAAAAAAGAGGGAAUGAAGAUAGCGAUCAGAACCUGUCGGGAUUCAUGAAUACAUCACACGAAUAUCAGCGGAUUGACAGACGAAUGAAUUGCUAUCAUCACUUCGCUUUUCCCUCUCAAUCAAACCCAAUUACCAAUAAAAUAAUUGCUACCAUUAAAAGCGAAACUUAACCUAAAAUAAAACAAGUGGUAUUUGAGAAAAUUAGAAAAUUAAAAAUAAAAUAAAAAAGUUUCGAUGUUGAGCUCAGAACUUCUUAGAGGAUAAGUGAGCCAUCAGCGACGAGCACAACAGAUGACUCGCCUCUGGCACAGUUACUUCUUCAUCACAGACUCAGUAUCUUCGUAUGAACAUUACAAACUACUGGUUUUGAAAAGAAUUUUCUUGGGAAAAAAAAAACCGUUGAACAAAUUCAGUGGACAAAUGCAUGCAAGGAACGAAAGCAAUAAAGUAGAAUUGCCCGCAGUUGUGCGGUUUUCUGAUCGACGACGAUGAAGUUGGCUAUAAUUUUAUAGGUGAAAAUUAGGGUUCCAUCAACUUA